GCCGCUUUGAGAUGCCAUGUGAAGAUCUUGAAGAGAAGUGUGCAAACCUGGAGCUCCAGCGACAAGCUUUAACAGACAGAACUUGUCACCUUGAUGCUGAGCUGUCUAAAUAUCGUGCCAGGUCAGAAGAGCAGGGAAGGAAGAUUUUUGUCUUGCAAGGAGAAUUAAAAAGUCUCCAAAAAGAGGAAACAAAGUCUAAGAACCAUAUUUCACUUUUGUCACAUGCUGCCAUGGAAAUGUCUGAAACAUUGUCUGAUUUGCACGAACAGAUUCAACUAUCUACAGCCAACAUAGAGAAGCAACAUUAUGCCCUUUAUUCAUCUGCAAACAUCAAAUGUGACUGUGGUUUGCAUAUGUCACAGUCAGAGACUAUAGAAGGCCAAGCUUUGAUUACUCAGAAGAAGCAUGCCGAUAUUAUCUUGAAAGAUUUUAUCCAGCUGCAGCAAUUGUUUGAAAAGAAGGUUACUAAGUGUGAUGAUGAACUACAACAUAGUGAAGCAGUCAGAGCAAGAUUGGACAGUGCUGAUGAAAUCCAGAACAAUUUGGAGAGUUGCGAUGUAGAGAAUAAUUUAGCCACUUCCAAUCACAAAUUUAAGAGACUACAAGUGGAACCUGAGGUUACAGAUUUCAGCAUGGAAAUAUUUGACAAAAUAUCGGAGGUAAACAGUCUUAAGGCUGAAAACUUGAAAAAGGAAGAAGAGAUUCAAGCUCUAAGAGAUUUCCAGAGGGAGCGGGAAAGUCAAAUAUUCAUUCCUCAGGAGAAAAACCAGAUGGAGAAAGAUGUAGGAACAACGGUCAAAGAAGGUACCACCAUUGCCUCUAAGACCUUAGACAGUUCGCAGAGUGAAAUAGUGGAGCUUACUGACUGUUUGAAUUCCUGGGUCUCACCCGAUAAAAUUAUUGCAAGGGAAUCAUCGAAUCUAGAAGGCAGCAGACAUGAACUGGAAGCGCAUUUAUCUGAACUGGAAGAAGAAAAUCUAAAGUAUGUUGAAAGGAUACAUAUCAUGGAAUCGCAUUCUAGAUAUUUGAUUGAGGAAAGGGAUUCGAGUCUUUUGGAACUACAAAAUUCAAGAUCUUUUGCAAUGAAUCUUCAGGGUGAGAUUAGAAAGAUGGAAAUUGAAAUGGAGGCACAAAAGGUUGAUCUGAAACAGAAGGUGGAUGACAUGAAAAGGCGAUGGUUAGAAGCUCAAGAAGAAAGCAAGUGUCUAAAAAUAGAAAACUCAAAAUUACAAGGCACAGCUGAAAGUCUAGUUGAAGAGGGUAGUUUGCUUCAGAAAUCAAAUAUCGAGCUGAGGAGGCAAAAAAUGGAUCUACAAUAUCAGUAUACAGUCUUGCAAGUUGAACUACGAGAAUCAGAAAAGGUUCUUUCUCACAUGCGACAGGAAGUUGAAGCUCUUGAAGAAAAAUAUACUUCGUUCCUCGAAGAAAUUGCUUCAAAAGAGAAAGCUAUAAACUUAGAACUAGAUGUGCUUGUUCAUGAGAACAAAACACAGAAAGAGAAACUUGUUUUAGAAGAGAGCCGUUUGAAUCAGAUGUACUUACUAAAGACAGUUGAAGUCGAAAAACUUCAGGAAGAAGUUGCAAGCCUCACUGGAAAGAUGUCCAAGACUCAUUAUGAUAAGGAGAGAACAGCUUCGGAAGCUGUACUUGAAGCGUCUCAUUUACUUGCAAAUAAUAUUAUUCUUGAAGCUGCUCUGCAGGAAGCCCGGGGUAAGCUUAAAUUAUCUGAGAGCAGCCUCAGUGCCAUCCGAAUGGAAUAUGAAACACAGCUAUCUAAGCUUGGAUGUGAGCUAGCUGCUUCCAAGCAGGACCAUGAAAUUCUCAUGGCCGACCGUGAAAAGCUAUUGAAUUUGUUGGAAGAUGUGAAAUCCAACGAAGAAAAGCAAAAAAGCGUGGUUAGGGGGCUUGAGUUGAAACUUAAAUCUUCUGAAUAUGAGAGCCUAGAACUAGCGGAAAAGAUUUCUGACCUUACAGUUCAAUUGCAGAAGACGACACUGCUUUGGGAUGAAGUUUUGGCUCUUAAGAGAUCUCUAAUUGAGAUCAGAUUAGAAAAUGAAAGAAAGGGCGCUUCAUUGCAGAUGCUAACAAGUGAUUAUGAAAAAUUGAAGGCUGAAAAGAUCAUAUUUCUUGAAAAGAUUUCUGAAAUGCAGAAGGCAGUAUCUGAAUUAGAUGAUUGCAAAUGCAGUAAAAUUGCCCUCGAGGAAAAAGUAUUGCAGCUGGAAGGUGAUUUUAGUGCAAGACAUACAUUACAUCCCCAGGAUGCUCAGCUGAAAAUUGAGCUUGCUCAGAUGAAGAGAGCAAACAGCGAAUUACAGAGGAAGACAGAAAGCCUUGAAGAGGAGAAGAACGAUUACCUGAAGAGAGUUCAAGCUUUGGAGGAUGACGUAGAGCAAAAGAAAGAAGUAAAACAUGAUCAAACUGUGUCCCAAAAUGUUGACAACCAAGAAAAUUGUAAUACUAGAAGUUCUCCAAUUAUGGGAGUUGAUCCUCUUUUGAAGAUCCAGAUACUAGAAGAUAAACUAGCCGAUGCUAUGGAGGCAAAUGACUUGUACAAAAUCCAGCUUCAGAGGUUGUUAUCUGAAGGUGAAGCAACAAAGAAAAAUGCAUUUGAGGACAAUGGUUCUUCAUCAAUUGAACGAGAUUUGAAAGACAUGCAAGAGCGUUACUUCCACAUAAGCCUUAAGUAUGCAGAGUUACAAGCUGAACGUGAUCAACUUGCUCUCAAGCUCAGGUCAGUAAGCAGCAAUGGAAGGAAGUGGUUUUUAUGAGGUCCAGUUGGGUAUUGCACAGGGAAGUUUUCGUCACUCUUCCAUUCCCAGCUAUAAGGAACAUUCUUUAGAUUCACUAGAUAUAUACAGUACAGAACAUGAGGUCGUCAAUUAUACAAAAUCAUAGAUACAGAAUAGUCUUGAUAGACAGGUACUUAAAAUUAAGAUGUCAUUUAGUCCCGGCCCUAAACUUUUGUGGAUCUUCAUAACUAAGUUUUUUAAGUUUCAGUUCCAAGUCCAGGAUGACCCAGCAGCGGCAAGCAUCUGAAAUUUACCCAAAUAUGCAGAGUCCAUAUUUCUGUUCAAAAUGAUGAUAGAGAUUUUUUCUUCUUCAUCAAUUAAUUUGAUCCUAGGUUUUUAUUUAUUUUAUAAUUCUGCAAGUAUAUAUUUUUGUCACGGUAAUCUAAAGCUGAAACGACGUCGAAUUAAGUUUAUUACGGGCUACUCAAGUGAUGAAGUCUCAAACCUCAGCACAACGACAUCGUUUUAAUCAUCGCAAAGACGGGAAUUUCUUGAAUUCCCACCAACCCCACAAGCACCAUCUCCAACCGUACAUUUAAUUCGUCGUUGGAUGACUUCCACGUCAUCGAUCCGCGUGCCACAAAGAUCAACCAAUCACGUCUCAUCCAGAACCUG